AUGUCGGACUCUGCAACCGCCGACGAGGCAUCCUGCACCCCGGCAACCGGUCUGCGGACGGACGCCUCGACUUCCAACGCGCCAAAUCUCCGCAGGCAGUCGGUCGAUCACACUCUGACGAUACCAUGUCAGUCGCAGCCGCAGGCCGACCCCGACGCAGCCGCUCUCUCCCCCUCGAUACACGCCCAGCUCGGCACCGCCUCGCUUCAUGUAUCGCUCCCGCCCAACUUUCCGAAGCCGGUCCAGACUUCCUUCUCUCCACCGGCCAGCAGAAAUGUCUCCAGCGCGACCAUCGUAAACCCUUUCUCCAGUCCGUCCAUCGCUCAGGUCCUUUCGCCUCCUCUGCCACCACUCAACAGCGAUUCGGCCGGUGGGAGCGCAGCAGCGGCAUCAGGCGCGGUCAGUGUAGGCGAACCUUCUUCCUCUUCUUUCGUCGCGACCUCCCGCAGCAAUGGCGGGUCUCCUAGCAAGGCAAGCACCUCUCGUCCCUCGCCAGUGCCGGCAUCUUUCCAAUCAUCCUCAGUCGUCUUCAACCCCAACGCACCCUUUUCCCCGCCAGAAACGUACACCUAUAGUCGUCCACCCGUAAAGCGUGAAAGUCCUGGUACCAAAAGCGCCAGAAGCACGCCGGGCAGAUCCUUGACUCUACACGACGAUGACGUCCUUGCACGCGAGUUUGCCGAUGCGUCGCGCAAAGAUCUCGAACUCAGUCUGCCUCCCGCAAUGCUCAGCUCGGGUCGCAAGGCCAGUGUCAGCCUUCACCUUUUCAAAGAGACCUCCUCCAAACCCUCGCGUGCAGCGCUCGCGUCGAGUCGAGAUACCGCCGUCAUCGAAGAGGGCGCCCCGUACCGCUCGCGAGGCGAACGCGACGAGCCGUCCGGCAGGCGUAAGGCGCUUCGUGCUAGCCCCACGCUCGCACCUUCGGAGCGCUCAGCCAAGGCGUCAGCUCCUUCGAGUCGAUCCCCGUUGGAUCCCUAUCCACCAAGCACCUCCGCAGCACUGCUUUUUGCCAAAGAUGCAGACCCGACCGCCCUUCGUCCAGCAACGCCGUCGCUUCUUCUAGCUCAAAGCGACGAUAUCGCCGGCGGAUACUUUUCGUCCACAGAGGCCGAGACCGCGUCCAGUGCCAGCGUACCUCUGAUCGCUUCCGCCUCGUCCGAUCCCAUCUCGCGUCAACGUAGACCUCGACGAUCGCAGACCAUCGCUUCACCCGAAAAUGUGGCUGCUGAUCUCGACGCACGCCAUCUGCUCGAUCCUUCUUCGCUCGAGCCGCUCGAUUCGCAACCAAUCCCGAUCGCACGUUCUCGCGAUCUGCAACAAGCACCGACAUCGCCCCUCAGGGUUCCCCCCCUCAGUCCUAAUCGGCGUCCAAUCGGCCGGCGGGGAGAGUCAGGCAAUGCAGAAGCCCGUCAAGAUCCGUCAGAGCCGGCCUCGACCCUUCUGCAGCGCCACUCUUCCGUGCCCGAAACAGAGUGGACAGGAGCAGGCUGGCCAGGCAAGCUUUCGAUGACGCGCAGGCGCAGCCUCGACGAAAUGGCACAAAGCUCAUCCGACUACGAGGAGGAUGGCGACGACCAGCUAGAUGCUCCCUUACACACGGUCGAUACAGACAACGACGCCACCGACGCAUACGCCGACAUGACGAGCUCUGAAGACGAGCGACGCAGAUCCGACUUCGACCACGACGCGGCUGACGAGGAUGAUCUGCAGAUGAGUGGAUCUGAAUGGGAAGCUGGGACAGCCCCUGCUCAUUCUAGUGGAGUCAGCGGUGUGGCGCAUUCUGGUGCGGAAGCAGCAUCCCGCCGGGCCCGCGUGUCGAGUCGAUCGCGCGCCGUGUCAUCCAAUGAGUUGCCUGCUGUCGUGCAGCUUCAGCCCUACCACAAUCAAGUCGGCGGCCACAACUCCAUCUUCCAAUUCUCGAAGCGCGCUGUCUGCAAACCGCUCGUCGGGAGGGAGAACGAAUUCUAUGAGGCCGUCGAAAGGGAGCAUCCUGUUCUGCUCGCUUUCAUUCCUCAGUAUCUCGGAGUUCUCAACGUAACGUACAGACACGUCGACAGGGCUCCGGAGGAAGCGCAAGCACAGCCGCCAAUGCUCGCCGAUGCCGAAUUUGUGACGCCAUCAGAAGCAGCCAAGACGGAUGCGCAGCCGUCUCCCGUCGCUGGCGCGGAUGAAGGCAAUGUCUCGGCUGCUGGCAACGCUCGCCUCGAACGACAGAGAAGCAGUUCGCACGGUGGCAACCGCGUUCGUCGCAAGGUCUUUGAGGGCCAAGAGGACUGGGGCAAGGAGAUACCCGAGGUCUCAAUUGAUCUCAACCGACAUAUCGUGCCCGAAUGGAUCCUCCGUCGAUGCAAUCUGGCGUCCAAGACGGAAGCGCACAGCAACUCUGCCGCAGACCCGGGAUCCCGUAGCCGGAGCAUCUCGAGGAGCAGAGCCUCCAGCCCCCUCCGCCCGCGCCGACCCGCCUCCUCGUUGGAACGCGCGCAAAUCGACACCGGUGCCGUCCAUAUUUCAGCUGACGCUCAGCUGCAACGAGCGAGCAGCCCCGAUACCGACUCGUUUCCUCAGCUGACAUCCUACGAGAAAGCUUCACGCCCCAAGAUUCAGCGGUCGACUUCAUCCUCGCAGCAUGUGGAGAAGGACCUCGGCUCGACCCCAAUCACGCCGGCCAUGUCUCCCGAUGCAUCGCCCAGAUCCACCCGCUCCAUGGGCCAUGGGGCCGACUGGGGAGGUCGCGAUUCGGACCGCCUGCAUUCAUCUAGCCUGGGUCGUGCCACUUCCGGACUCGGUCUCUUAUCUCGUUCACGCAGCCCGGCGAUCGGUUCGCUCAGCAUGACUAGUCGCACGCCUUCGCAAGCUUCGCAUGUGUCCCAGGUAGCCGCCGGCAACACUCCUCACGCGCAGAACGUCCAUGGCAUCCACGGUCGCGGUAUCACCACGGUCAAUCGCAGAUUGCAGGAGCAGGUCUUGCGUGAGGUCUUCAGCAGUCCCAUGCUCAAAGAUGGCCUCGAGGCUCGUUACGAAUCGAGCGCAAAGCGGAAUGCUCGCAAGAAUCGAAGACGCCUGGCAAGAGCCUGGGAGGAGAGCGAAGAAGGAGAGAGGCUCCGUUUCACGCGCAAUCUUGGACCCCCCGUAGCUUCAACAGAGACUAUGGCGGCGGAAACGCUUCGAGGCGGCCUUCGUACACCCGACCCCACAGGCAGCGGAAGAAUGAGCGUCGCCAGCGAAUUUGCGCCCACCGCGUCUUCUUCACCCAUUCACUACCGUGGUCAAGCACGUCAUCCUUCGACUCCACCUCGCACGCCGCCGCUUGGUCCAAGCAGCUUGACCGCUUCGACUUCAUCCUUGUCGUCCAAGAGAACCACGGCGGGUGGUGAGCAAGAGUCUCCACGCAUCACGCUCACCAGCGCAUCCCGUGUAGGCGCCUCGGCGCAGCAGCCACGACGCGUGCUCAGUGAUGUUUCGCUCUCGCUCCAGCCCAAGAUCCCAGCUGCUGGACGCAGCCAGCUUGGCGAGCAAGCGUUGGUCGAACAGGCGCCUGCACAGUCGACUGAUUUGGACGACGAGAUGGAGAUGCUGAAGCUGUCUGAGGAGCCAGAGUCUUUGGACACAGUUGCAGAAGCACAAAGCGUGCCGCUGAGCGCAGAUGACACGCCAGUGGUCGACGCGAGCAAGGACACUGCUGGCUCCGUCCAAGCGAGCGCCGACGCCGAGGCUGUCGAAGCAGCGACUGCAGAGGCUCGAACGUCCUCAGACAGCACCUGCCAGACACGACAAGAGCAGUUCCUCCUCAUGGAGGAUCUCACAGGUCGGCUCAAGUCUCCCUGCGUGCUCGAUCUCAAGAUGGGUACGCGUCAGUACGGUCUAGAUGCAACGGAUGCCAAGAAGAAGAGUCAGACCAAGAAGUGCGACAAGACGACUUCUCGCAGUCACGGUGUGCGCAUCUGCGGUAUGCAGGUCUACGAUUGCGCGCACCAUGACUUCAUCUUCCAAGACAAGUACUUUGGACGCAAAGUGCUACCCGCCGAAUUCCCAGAUGCGCUGGCGCGGUUUUUCUACGAUGGAAGCAAGAUCCUCAUGCAUCACGUGCCGCUGAUCUUGCAGAAGAUCUAUCAUUUGGCAAGGAUCAUCUGGGGGCUGCGAGGAUAUCGGUUCUACGCAAGCAGUCUGCUGUUCAUCUACGAUGGCGACUGCGAGACGCAGCGCAAGCUCGAGGAGGAAUUCGAUCGACGCUGUUCGCAGGGAGUGGGUGGAACGGUAGCUCCAAGUCAGAUGAUCUUGGAUGGUGGAGCAUCUACGCCCUCGGGUGUGUCGUCGUUGAACAAGGAAACGGAUUUGGUGGAUGGUGGAGCGAGCUACUCUAUUGGAUCGAGUCCAUUGCUUGGUCCCAUUGGAAGUGGAAUCGCUGGCGGUGGUUCUGAGCCGACAUUGUUGCGACGCAGGCGAAGGAAGGGAGAGAUCAAUAUCCGUAUCAUUGACUUUGCCCACUGCACCACGGGUCAUGACUACGAUUUUGACGGCGAGGGAGGAGCGGCUCAGGGUCUACCGGUAGCUCGCUUCCCACCAAAACUCAUCGAUGGUCCGGACAGCGGAUAUCUGUUUGGACUCAAGAACCUCGCGGCUAGCUUUGAGGAUAUUUGGGAGACCGAGAGGCUGCGAAGACGGAAGCUGCGCAUGCAAGCAGCAGACGCCGAUGGACGUGAGGAUGCAGAGGAGGUAAAGGUGGAUGCGGACGGGGCGUACAUCGGCGAUCCGGGAGAUUUGCAGGUGCCGGGAAGAGAGGUGUUUGCCGAGAUCUUUGGCAACGGGCCAAACGGGCUAGAUGGGUAUGUUUCGACGUGA